AUUCUUGUCGUAAAUCUGGUUCGUCUUCUUCUUCUUCUGACAUAGAUUCUUGUCGUAAAUCUGGCUCGUCUUCUGCUUCUUGUGAUAUAGAUUCUUAUCGCAAAUCUGGUUCGUCUUCUUCUUCUUCUGACAUAGAUUCUUGUCGUAAAUCUGGCUCGUCUUCUUCUUCUUCUGACAUAGAUUCUUAUCGUAAAUCUGGCUCGUCUUCUGCUUCUUCUGACAUAGAUUCUUGUCGUAAAUCUGGUUCGUCUUCUUCUUCUUCUGACAUAGAUUCUUGUCGUAAAUCUGGCUCGUCUUCUUCUUCUGACAUAGAUUCUUAUCGUAAAUCUGGCUCGUCUUCUGUUUCUUCUGACAUAGAUUCUUGUCGUAAAUCUGGAUCGUCUUCUGCUUCUUCUGACAUAGAUUCUUAUCGUAAAUCUGGUUCGUCUUCUUCUUCUUCUGACAUAGAUUCUUAUCGUAAAUCUGGUUCGUCUUCUUCUUCUUGUGACAUAGAUUCUUAUCGUAAAUCUGGCUCGUCUUCUUCUUCUUCUGACAUAGAUUCUUAUCGUAAAUCUGGUUCGUCUUCUGCUUCUUGUGACAUAGAUUCUUAUCGUAAAUCUGGCUCGUCUUCUUCUUCUUCUGACACAGAUUCUUAUCGUAAUUUUUUAAAAACCAUGUUCGGGGAAUCCAAAGUUUCG